AUGUCGUCGAAAUCUCAUGCCGUUGAGGCAGAUAUUCAUCCCUCGACGCUGGCUCAGAAGGAAUCUAAGCGCAAAUGGGUUAGCUAUAUUUGGGAUACGUUUGAUAAGUCGCCCGAGGAGCGUCGGUUGAUGUCUAAGUUGGAUUCAGCUAUUUUGACAUUUGCUUCGUUGGGGUAUUUUAUCAAGUAUCUUGACCAGAUCAAAUUAACAGUGCGUUUGUUUCUGGGAUGUAGGGAAAUACCGCUUCUUUCCCGUUUUCAUUUGCUGUUUAUAUUAACCAUUGGCAGGAAGGAAGAUCUGGGCAUGUAUGGGAAUCAACUCAACUAUAUGCAGACAUGUUGGACGAUAGGUUAUGUUAUUGGUGAAAUCCCAAGCAAUCUAUUGUUAACUCGUAUCAAGCCGCGAUAUUGGAUUCCGGCUAUGGAGCUUCUAUGGACCGUCCUCACGAUGUCACUUCCUCGGUGUAGCAAGCCAACGCAGUUCUAUGUUCUACGAUUCUUUGUCGGUCUCGCUGAAAGUACAUUCUAUCCUGGUAUGCAAUAUAUCAUUGGCUCAUGGUAUAGAAAAGAUGAACUGGCAAAGCGGUCUUGUAUAUUCCACACAAGCAGUGGAAUUGCCAGUAUGUUUUCUGGAUAUCUCAUGGAUGCAGUCUACAAUCUUGGAGGACGAGGAGGGUUCAAGGGCUGGCAAUGGCUUUUCAUCGUCGACGGAAUUAUCUCCUUGCCAGUUGCCAUCAGUGGUUUCUUUAUCCUUCCUGAUGUACCCGAGAUAUCUAGCCCCUGGUAUCUCAGCCAAGAAGUAACUAUAUCCCGCCAUGCCGGAAGUCAAACUGGCCCAAAAACGAAUGAAACUAGAGGGAAGAAAAGACAGAGAACCAUUCAUGAAAUCAAAGCUGAAGAAGAUAUUCACUUCAUGGCACAUCUACCUUCUGAUAUCCUCUACAUAUGUUUCAACAACGGGGCCACCGGAAGCCAGCCUAUUUUCCAACAAUAUCUCAAGAGCUCCACAGACCCAGUAUACACAAUUAGCCAAAUCAACUCCAUCCCAACAACGACCCCUGCGGUACAAGUUGUGACGACUCUCGCUUAUGCUUGGAUAUCAGACAGUAUACUAAACGGCAGUCGCUGGCCACCCAUCAUCUUCGGAGCUUGCAUAAACAUCAUAAGCUACAUUUCCCUCGCAGUCUGGGAUAUACCAACAGGAUGGAAAUGGACCUGCUACAUAAUCAGCGGAGCAGGGUAUGGUCUGAGUGGUCUACUAAUGGCCUGGGCGCACGAAAUCUGCUCCGAAGACAACGAAGAGCGAUCCCUCGUUAUCGGAAGUAUGAAUGAAAUGGCCUACGUCUUCCAGGCUUGGUUGCCGCUUGUUGUUUGGCAGCAGGUUGAUGCGCCGCAGUAUCGGAAGGGUUUCAUUGCUAUUACUGUUUUGUCUGUUUUGUUGAUUGGGACUACGCUUUUGAUUCGGAAUUUGCAUCGGAGGGAGAGGGUCCAGAAGAGGUUAGUGGUUUGCUGGAUACUGUACGUUGUUUCUUGUGGGACUUCCAGGCUGACUUGUUUUGGUAGUACGAAUGAGGCCCAUGAAGCGGAGGAGACGGAGGAGGAUUCUGUUGGGGUUAUGUCUCUUGAUGCUAAUGGUAUCAAGGCUUGA